AUGACUUCCGGCCUCGCAAUUUCCGUCGCGGCCGUCGCCUCACGCGUCGUCUCCGGGCCCCGCGCGCUUCGCCGCGCGACCAACGGCGCCACCUCAAAUCACACCCCCGCGAACCGUUGGACCGCUACCUCCACCCGCCUCUCCGCUGUCACCGAUCUCGAUCAGGCCGACCAGGUCUCCGAGACCGUCUUCGCAUCCGGGACCGAUGCUAAGGUCGCCGCCUUCUGCGUUGAGCAGAUGGUGGACGAGGCUGCCAUGCUCGCCGCCAGCACCUUCCCCAUCUCCCCCGACGACCUCAUCGCGCGAACCAAAGCCAUCCUCGCCAACAAGAACGGCGUGGAGAACCCUGCGCUCCUCGCUUCCGACUUCAAAUUCGUCGCUCCCGUUGUCGGUCCUCUCCCUAAGGAUGAUUUCCUUCAGGCAUUCGACGGGUUCAAGCUCGAGGAGGGUUUCCCGGACGCCAAUGCCGGGUACUACGCCUUCCGCAUCGAUCCCUUCGAGCCCAACCGCGUGUGGUUCGACACUCGGUUCCGCGGAACCAACACUGGCCCUCUCUCCGGCGGCUCGCUGGCGGCGACGGGAAAGAAGGUUGAGGCUCCUCCCCAGGCGUGUUCUAUGCUCUUCAACGAGCGCGGCGAAUGCACCCAGCUCACGGCGGGUUACGUGAUGGACAAGCAGGUCGGGAACACGGGCGGUCUUGGAGGCGUUUUCGGCAUCUUCUACGCCAUCGGCUACGGCCUUCCCUUCCCCGAGGCGCAGCCUUGGAAGAAGAGCAAGCGAUACAACCUGUUCCUGAAGUUCUCGGAGUUCCAGAAGUUCGUCAAGUCCUUGGGCGGCGGGAGCGACUGA